CUAAUGGAAUAAACUAGAAUACCUCAAUAAAAUGCUCAACUUACAAGGCAGCCUUGCUGCUUUUUACUCAUCAUGUUUGUUUAGCCUAACUUGCCUUUUAGAAAGGAAAAAAAAUAAAAGAUCUACCUUAAAAUAAAGGAAAAGGAAAAUAAAACUAGUUGAUGAACAGAAGGCAAUGUAAACUGCAAAUGAUAUUCUAGAGAUGAAAAGCUCAGUACAUGUCACACUUGUUCUGCUUGACCCCCUGAACCAUAAGACCAAAAAAAAAAAAAGAUGUCAAGUCAAUUGUCAACUGAUCACAACUCAAGCAUGAGUAACCUGAAUCUCCAGCACCAGACUGCAAAAUCCUAACAGAGUGCUGAACCUCCCCCUCCUAACUCCAACCCGAACCCCCCGAAAAAUAACCAGAACCGCGCCUAAACGAACCGCCGUUUCACUACUUAAACCCCUUCCCCCAUUUUCUUCACUAAACCACCAAAAACCAUCCUCCAAAACCACAGAUCAACAUCACCAAACCACAAAUCAAGAAAGAAAAAAAAAACAGCAGCAGCAAUGGAGAACAAGAAGAGAUCACCACCAUUGCCACCACUGUCAUCAGUAGCAGCAGUAGUAGUACUACUGGUACUCCUGCUACUGUUCACUUUCAUGGCAACGGAGGCCAACGCCCAGGUGUUCUGCAGGUCGCAGUUCAACCUGGCAAACGAGGCCUGCAGCCUCCGGACCUUCUCCGGCCCCAACCCGGCGGUGCCGCUGCGCCAGCUCAACGAGUCGGCGGUGGCGGUAAUGGCGGAGCACCGCGAGCGCGAGCACGGCCAUGGCGGUGGCGGUGGCGGCGGCGGUGGGCGGCUGCGCAGCCACCGCGCCGACCCCUACGACACGGCGUGCUGCCGGCGUCUGAUGGGCAUCGACAACGCCUGCAUCUGCCAGGCCAUGUCCUACCUCCCGGUGUUCAUGAGCAGGGUCAAGCACGCCAUCAAGCUCACCCCCGUCCCCGGCUGCGACGUCUCCUUCGAGUGCGCCGCCGCCUACUGAUCGCCGGAGCGCCGCCGGCGGUGGCGGCGGCGGCCAUGGGUCUUUCUUUCUUUCUCCACAGCAUUUUGCAUCCCACAGCUGAAUUCAGAGAAGUUAACAACAUCUAGAGAAAUAUGUAUUCAUGUUCUUCAGAUGCUGCAUCAUUAGACUACUACUACAUGGUGUUUGUAUUAGCAGUAAUGUGGCUAUGUCAAUCAUUUUGAAUUUGAAACUAAUUCCAUGCACUAAGAGAAGCAAUGUUGGAUA